AUGGCCGUCAUGACCUCCGUGGUGUGGAUCGUCUACCUCAUGCUGCUCUGCGUCUUUCUGCACGGGUCACUGCGGCGCAGCACGGAGGUAUAUCGAAGAGGAUUCGUCUGUUGCCGCAGCGCGAUCAAUGGCGGCGUCUUCCUUUGGUUCAAGGAGCAGCACAACCUAAAGGUGACCCUCGCCAGUCUGAGAGGUGAAACGGAAAGCAUGGAGCAACUCCUCUUGUACCGUUGGCCAAGCACCCACGUGGGCCGUAACUCGCCGACGCGGCAGAUGCUCAUGGACGCUGCAACGACGCCCGUGGCAGGCUGCCUGGAAUCAGUUUCGCCCAACGGUGCUUUGUGA